ACGGCCAACGACCAACGCCAAAAUUUGAAUUUGACGAGAGCCUCCCCAUCCGCGAGGCCGACCCGCCAACAACCGUGGAAUCGUCUUACAGAGCUUCAUCGGCCCCCGCAGCAGGCUGAAUCGGCCAAGAUGAUCCAAUUAAAGACGAUGCUGAAUUGCAUCGACAACUCGGGCGCCGCCAUUGUCGAGUGUGCCCUUGUCGUUGGCCAGAAAAGACAUGCAUCAAUCGGCGACCGUUUUGUCGCCAUUGUCCAGAAGCAAAGAGGUGCCACCGAUGCGGGAAUGGGUGUCGCGUCUGCUGCCAACAAAGUCAAGCGAGGCGAUAUCCGACACGCCAUCGUCGUCCGUACCAAGAAGAAGGUUCAGCGCCCCGACGGUAGCGUCGUUCGAUUCGAUGACAAUGCCUGCGUCUUGAUCAGCAAAGCUGGCGACCCCAUUGGAACACGAGUAAACGGUGUUGUUGGUGCCGAGCUGCGACGCAAGAAGUGGAGCAAGAUCUUGAGCAUGGCCCCCAUGCAUGCAUAGGUGCACUGUUGGAUUACAUCGAGAUAAAAGGAGGCGCCUGAGUGGAUGGCGCGGUUCGAGUAGACAUGUGUACUAUACAUGUAUAAGCAUUUGGCUGGCGUUCGAGUGGAAACUGGUAUUGUAGGCAAAACGUCUGUUAUAGGGGAUCUAUAUUUGGAAGACAUAUUCCCACUCCCAAUACACUCAUAUCACAUCUCGGAGAA